AGGAACCAUCGGUGCAUCCGCGCAAACAUCGGUGUUUCUACCUUCACUUUCGUUUCCGGCGAGACAUUUUACAUCAUGGACAAUUCUGGAAAUAACCGCUACGAGCUGUUGUUCAUGGACGACGAUGAUUCUUCCGCGCCUGCCCAACCACAGAUUCCCGCCGUAAUCGCGCCGACCAAGAAACCGGAACCGGCAAAAGCCCCGAAGAGCAAGCAGGAAAAGGAAAAUAAGCCGGUUGUGACGGCCCGUAAGGCCAACAAUCCUGCGGCGAAGAACUCAAGUCCUGUGAAAGGAGGCAAAGUAACGGCUGGCGGAGAUGUGAGCCGUCAAAGGAACGCAACCACAAAUGGAGUCGGUAACCAGGGCAGGACCUACAACAACAACCAGCGCUACGGAAACAAGGAAUCAACCGGAGAAUUCGGAAACGAGCUGCCGCAGCGUCAGUUCAACAAUCGUGAUAACAGGGGUCCACCACGCGCCCGUACCGGCGAGAAAUUUGGAAAGCGCGAGUUCGAUCGCCAAUCUGGAUCCGAUAAAACCGGCGUCAAGUCAAUUGACAAGCGCGAAGGCGGCGGUGCCCAUAACUGGGGAUCCCCGAAGCAGGACAUUGAAGACUUAAAGACUGGAGAGUCGUCACCGCAGGCGGAAAAAGAGGACUCGGCCAAUGAACAGUCGGCUGAUCCCGCGAUCCCCGCUGAGGAGGAUGAAUCCAAACAGAUGACCCUAGAUGAGUGGAAGGCUCUUAGGGAUCAACGUGCCAAGCCCAACUACAACUUGCGUAAGGCUGGUGAAGGUGCUGCUGACAACGCCGAGUGGAAGAAAAUGGUGGUCUUGAGCAAGAAAAAGGAGAGCAACAGCGAGGACGAAUUGGAGUACGAUCCUUCGCUGUAUCCUCAGCGAGUGGGCCGCCUUCAGCGCAUCGUAGACAUCCAGUUCAACUUCAAUGAUGGACGCAAGGGUGGUUUCCGCAAGGGACCUCGCCCAGGAGCUGGUCCUCGUGGCGAAGGAUUCCGUGAGGGUGGCUACCGCAAUGACGGACCGCGUGGAGAAGGUGGAUAUCGCAACGAUGGACCUCGCGGAGAGGGUAACCGCAAUGAAGGACCUCGUGGGGAAGGCUAUCGCAACGAGGGGCCUCGUGCCGAAGGCUUCCGCAACGACGCUCCUCGCGGUGAGGGAUUCCGUGGCCCGCGUUUUAAUAACGGAGCCAGCAAUGGAUAUGAAAAUAGACAGGAAAACAACAGAUUCGGGGAGAAACGCCGCUCCGCCCAGAAGCCCUUGAAGGUAGACGAUGAAGCUCAAUUUCCUACUCUGUGCUAGGAGCUGAGAACAACAAUAAGGUUUAACAAUUUCACGUAUUACAUAAUUAGUAAGCUGCUCCUUUGGUUAACGAAUAACCAUUAGAUUUUCGGGCGUAAUCUAUGAAGCUUGACGACCGAUUAACAAACAGAAACAAAUCAGCCACGCUUAUCCAUAUUCCUUAGUUGUAAACAAAAAUUUUUGAUUUUUUCACUCUCAUCAUUUACGCAUUUAAAAUAACUAUUACAAAUAGUUGGAAUGUUGAAAUAAAUUUACUUCAUUUAUAAACCAA